GUCCGGGGUGGAUUGACGUCACGUUUGUUUGUAAACAACAAGUUCGAAACUGGAUCAACCCGAAUGGGUUCCCGCUCUGCCGGAAAAAACGACAUCAAUAUUUGCUUGGUUGAUUCUAUUGUGUUGUUUUAUCGUACAUGACUUCCCAGAACAGUUAGAAAUAUAUUUAAGACAGUUUCUCAAUGAAAUGUCUCGUCGACAGAUCGAACUGCCCCAUGUUCGACAGAGAUCGGAUUGGGACUGCGGCCUUGCGUGUUCUCUGAUGGUCUUACAGAAACUCCUUGGCAAUAAGUUCGACAACCUGGAAUACGAGGAGAUUUGUACGGCCAAAAACUUUGGAACUAGUGUUUGGACUAUAGACAUAGCCAGUAUAUUCACAGAGUAUAAUGCGGAGUACGUGUUCUAUACAUCGACACUAGGUGUGGAUCCGAGCUAUGGAGACAACUCAUUUUACAAAGGAACGUUCAACAUGGACGAAAUGAGGGUCAAUAGUUUGUUUAAAAUGGCGCCGAAUUUGGGGCUUAGAGUAGAAAAACGGUGAGUGUUGUAGGAAUAAUUACAACCGUAAGAGAUUUGUUUAAGAUGGUUUUAACGGGCUGAUAUAACAACCCUAUUUUUUGGCGCGUGAAUUUAAUGAUGCCUGUACGUGCGUGUCGUGUUGACUGUUCAGCUGAUGUGUCUUGGUGGGUUCAUUUUAAAUACAGCAUUUGUGUUCACCCGUGACAUUUGACCGCUGGACAUUUCAGUGUUUUUAAACAGCAAUAGACGUUAUUAGCUAAAUUAAAAAGUAAAACUUUUAACGAGUGAAUGCGGCAGGGCCAACGAAUCUACCCUUUGUUGAGAUGUACAUUUCAUUCUAUUGUAAUAAACAGUCUAAAGCUUUAUUACAAUAUCUGGAAUUUAAACACUUGUGUAGAAAAUUCUGUUUCAAUUCAGGAGGUAGACAUAGUUUUGCUUAAGAAAUUCACGCGGGACAAGGCUUUCCUUCCAGGGUAAAGCUUUGUUGAAUGUUUUUGCUGAAAGACGUAUCUAUGAAGUGAAGGGGAGCAUUCCAGGGUCAAAGAGGAGUACUUUAAUAGCUAAGGUCAUAUUAUAUGGCCCUGCUAUUAAGCACAUGAACAGCACUGGUAAUGAAGUAAUAAGAUGGGCUUUCUCGUGUUUAAGAUACAGGUAGCUUUUAUCAGUAUACAAUUGGAAAUGUAAUAAUUUGCUUAGUCAUUCAGUUUACGCACAUGUAUAAGAAUAACACUGGUAUCUGAUUGCAUGUUUUUAUAGGUUGGGGGUGUGGUUGGGGGUGUGACAUGGUAAGGGUUAUAACAAGCAGUGACAGGUUGAUGGAAUCUUUCAUGUCCAAACCCCUUAAGAGGUCAGAAGUAUCAUCCACCCUCCCAAAAUAUCAAAAAAUACUCAAUAUUAACAAUACAUUUGAUCAUAUUUUUAUGUUAAUUUGUGCAAUAUAAAUGAUAAGCUUUAUUACAUGGAUAUACUAGCAUCAGUAAAUACAGAUACAAACAGUUGAAAGUCAUGAAGAUGAUUUUUAGGACAGUUGGGCUAUACUGUAUUUCAGUAUUCAGAGCUGUAGUUAAGUUUCAAAGCAGCCCAUAGCAAAAUAUAUUUAAGAAUCACCCGUAAUGUCACCUUUUAAGUUUUCCACUUUCAUUACCCCUAACAUCCAGGGAGCUCAGCAGUGUGUAACAGGUUUUACAUUUUAUGGCCUUAAAUGACAGUUCCGAGCAUUUAUAGUUUUAUUUCAACAAAUGACUUUUUUUUCUUUCAGUUCUUAUGUUUUAACUUUUUUCUCAUAUAAAUGAUUAUCUGGUAUUUUUCAGGAGAAUUUCAUUGGAGGAAAUUAUAUCAAGGUUAAUGAAGGGUUAUGUUGCUAUAGUCCUAGUCAACUCAAAUGCGUUGAUCUGCAACUGGUGUGAGAUGUUUUCACCCAACAAACUGCGGAUGCUCAAUUGUGUGUGUCUAUCAACUCAAAAUGAGUACUGUGGACACUACAUUGUGCUGUGUGGAUUUGAUGCAGACAAAAGAUGUGUUUAUUACAAGAAUCCAUCCUUUAAUGAUGAUCUUUGUUGUGCAAAGUUUGAUAUGUUUGAGUUAGCAAGACACAGUUAUGGAACUGAUGAUGACAUCAUAUUUAUUAAAUUGAAUGAACCUGAAAUGAGCAUGAAAGAGACUUUUAUUGAAAUCAGCAACAGGACAUGACAGGGACAACAUUUUGAUACUGGAAGUAUUGCCUUGUUAUUUUAUGGGUAAUCUUAAAUCUGAAUUUUGGUUGUGACCUCCAACGUAACUGCAUCGAGUUGUUAAUGUACAUUAAUUCCUUGUCAAUAUUUGUAGCAUAUGUACAUAAUGGAAAUUUAUUGUUUAAAGCCAG